AUGUCAGAAACAACAUCAUUGCAGCGCCUGUUGAACAAGGUUUGCAUAGUGACUGGAUCGUCUUCAGGCCUCGGGCGGGCUAUUUCUUUGGCAUAUGCUCAGGAGGGCGCGAUUGUUGUCUGCGUUGAUUUGAGGCCAGGCGCCCGACAAGAAAUUAAGUCUGAGCAGGAAAUCGAAACAGAUGUCUUGAUUCGGCAGCAGGGAGGGCAGUCUAUGUUUAUAAAGGCGGAUGUAGGCAAUGCGGCCGAGAUUGAGGCCAUGGUCAACGCAACAACGGCGCAAUAUGGACGCAUCGACGUGCUGGUCAAUAACGCCGGCAUUUCUAUCGAGGCCGGGCAAAAGGCUCUCAAAAUUCACGAAACACCUGAGCAGUGGUGGGAUUUGACCAUGUCAGUGAAUACAAAGUCGGUCUUUUUGGCGACCAAAUAUGUUGUUGGUCAAAUGCUGCGCCAAGAUAAGCUUGUUUCCGGAGAUCGCGGCUGGAUCAUCAAUAUUUCUUCCAUUUUUGGGUUGGUCGGCGGUAAAAACAUACCGUGUUAUGCUGCGUCUAAAGGAGCAGUAGCAAACCUGACCCGACAAGUCGCGAUGGACUAUGCUGAAGAUGGGAUCCAUUGCAACGCCAUCUGCCCCGGGUAUACUGCUACAGCCAUUUUUGUCAAUACGACACAGAUUCACGAUGCAGAAGAGAUUCGACAGCGUCACCCGCUGCAUGGCAUUGGUAUGCCGGAUGAUAUAGCUGGAGCUGCUGUGUUUCUUGCAAGCAGCGAAGCACGAUGGAUAACAGGAGCCAUGCUUCCGGUCGAUGGAGGUUUUACGGCGCAGUGA